CUCGCAUCCAGCGGAGUCCUGCCGGCCCGGAGCCCGGCGUGUGAGGGGGCAGCCCCGAAUAGCAGAUCUGAGUUGCUUUGUCACCGCCCUCUCGGCGACUUUGGGCAAAUCACUUGGCAACCCCGUUCCUCCGACGUCUGGUGUGUGUCUUGCGGGCGGGGCAGCUGCAGAGAAGCGGGUACCGGGACAGAGAGCCGCGACCUGCCGGCGUGCGCGCCACGGAACUUGGGUCCCCAGCGCGGUGCGGGGACCCCCCAGCACCGGGCGCGGAGCUUCCUCUGCGGGAGCGUGGCGGUGGCGCUCCUCCUUUCUCCGGCGUCACGGGGACCUCGGCGCUGUCCCACUCCUGGCCGAAGGACAGCGACUCCGGGGAAGCGCGCGUGGCAGAGGAGACCCGGGUUCCGAGCGCCGGGGUGGCACAGUGGCGGGGACCUCGUGCCCCGGCUCCCCGGCUCCCCGAAUGAAGAUGUUCAGAUGUUGCUUUAAAUACACCCUCCAGCAGAAGAUCUUCGUCCUCUUCUUAACAGUAUGGCUGUUCUCCCUGCUAAAGCUUCUAAAUGUGGGCCGGCUCCUCUUCCCCCAAAGAGACAUUUACUUAGUUGAAUAUUCCCUAAGUACCUCCCCUUUUGUAAGAAACAGGUAUCCACCUCUCCGGGAUGAAGUCAGGUAUGAAGUUAACUGCUCAGGGAUCUAUGAGCAGGAACCUUUGGAAAUUGGCAAGAGUCUGGAAAUCAGAAGACAAAACAUCAUUGACCUGGAGGAUGGUGAUGUUGUGGCGAUGACAAGUGACUGUGAUAUUUAUCAGACCCUAAGGCGGUACCAUGAAAAGCUUGUUUCAAGAGAGGAAAAGAGCUUCCCAAUAGCCUAUUCGCUGGUGGUCCACAAAGAUGCAAUUAUGGUCGAAAGGCUAAUUCAUGCCAUUUAUAACCAGCACAAUCUUUACUGCAUCCACUAUGACCUCAAGUCACCAAAAGAGUUCAAAGUUGCCAUGAACAACCUAGCUAAGUGCUUCUCCAAUAUUUUCAUCGCUUCCAAAUUGGAGACUGUAGAGUAUGCCCAUAUUUCCAGGCUCCAGGCUGAUUUGAAUUGCCUCUCAGACCUUCUCAAGUCUUCAGUUCAGUGGAAAUAUGUCAUCAACCUAUGUGGGCAAGACUUUCCCCUGAAGUCAAAUUUUGAAUUAGUGUCAGAGCUGACAAAGCUCCAAGGACAGAAUAUGUUAGAGACAGUAAAACCUCCUAGUGGUAAAAUGGAAAGGUUUACUUAUCACCAUGAGCUCAGACCAGUGCCUUAUGAAUAUAUGAAGCUUCCAGUAAGGACAAACAUCUCCAAGGAGGCGCCCCCUCAUAACAUUGAGGUAUUUGUAGGCAGUGCCUAUUUUGUUUUAAGUCAAGCAUUUGUUAAAUAUAUUUUCAACAGCUCCCUCGUUGAAGACUUUUUUGCCUGGUCUAAAGAUACAUACUCUCCCGAUGAGCACUUUUGGGCUACCUUGAUCCGGAUCCCUGGAAUACCUGGAGAAAUUUCCAGAUCAGCCCAAGAUGUGUCUGACCUACAGAGUAAGACCCGCCUGGUCAAAUGGAAUUACUAUGAAGGCUUUUUCUACCCCAAUUGCACUGGCUCGCACCUUCGAAGUGUAUGUAUCUACGGUGCUGCAGAAUUACGGUGGCUUAUAAAGGAAGGACAUUGGUUUGCGAAUAAAUUUGAUUCUAAAGUGGACCCUGUCUUGAUUAAAUGCCUAGCAGAAAAACUUGAAGAACAACAGAGAAAGUUAAUCACUUCGUCUUCAGAAAAGUUCAUUACAGAUAGAAAUCCCAAAGUCUCACAUCAUAAUAAGAUCACUAUGGAACUGGGAGAGUCUGAUACAAAAAGUUGAGUAAGAUGGAAUUGUGGACCCAUGCCUUGCCCAACACCAUCUAAACUUAACACUCUACAGAAUUCCAUGCAGAGAUGUCAAGCCUGCAGUUGGUUGGUUCUUAAUUGCUGAUUUUGCUUGUCGUCUUACUAAGUCAGAGAUCUGAAAUGUUUAGGGACAUCACAUUUCUUGAGCACCUAACAGUGCACCAAGCACUUUAUCGAGACACAUGCAGGGAUUAAAUCUAAGUUGUAAUGAACUGUGCCCUCAGAAAGCAGUGUUUUCCCUCCUAAUGGGGUAACUGUAGUGUUUUCCUGUUUUCCACGUAAUAGUGAGGGUGCUACUGAAGAUGACUUUGGAGUAUGUGCUAAUCAUAGUCACUAGUCUCUGAAAGGGAGUCAGCAUGAAGCCAGUACUCUACCUGUCUCUUAGUCCAGCAACUGAGACGCUUUUGAACUGGGAGACGAUUAGGAGUCCACUACCUCAGAGAAAUUCAAAGAAUUGUCUGAUCGAUUGCUUGCCAAAGUGUAAUUUACCUUUUGGUGCCUCACUUUUUGAUUCGGGGCAGAGGGCAAUGCUGUUGGUGUGAUAUUCGUAGGGCAUGGUUGUCUGAGAAGGCCGAGGGG